CGGGGCCCGUCGCCGUUACCUCCCAGGGACCCGGACUGUCGCCUUCCGCACCCAGGCGCCUGGAUCUUCUCUCCUGGACUCAAAAACCUGGCUCCCCUCUUCCCGGAGCUCUGUCUCCCGCCCCCCAGAUUCAACUCCCGAGCCUCCGUUUCCAGGACCCCGGCACCCCGGAUCCCUGCCUCCCGGAUCUGCGCUACCAGGACAUGGCCUCUUGAGGACCUCUGCCGCUUGGAAGCCUUCAGUUUUCUAUAGCCAAGGACCGCGGGUCCCAGCCUGAUAAACCCCUGUAUUCCCAUCCCUAGGGCCGAAGGAGCCCAGCGCUCCCAGAUUUCGGGCUCCAGACACAAUCUGGUAGAGCAGAGGAGCCUCCGCGCCCAGCUUGGGGAUCUCGGGUACUCCAGGAACCAAGGCGCUGUGAAUUCCCAACUCCGGGGAACCUUCCAAAGUUCCAGCCUCCAGGCUGUGUUAUAAAACUCAUCGGUUCUAAGGAACGUCCGCGUCCCAGGAAGGAGUCCCCAGCGCGCCCAGCUUCCAGCGCUAAGGAACUCCGGGGCGUUCAUCAUGGUGGCCGAUCCGCCUCGGGGAGACGCCAAGGGGUUCGCGGCGGCUGAGCCCACCGCGAACGGUGCCCCGACGUUGGUCCCCAUAGAGGACCCGGGCGCGACAGGAGGCGGAUGCUGCCGUUCCCGGGACCCGGUGCGCCGCUGCCUUCGCGCCAACCUGCUGGUGCUGCUGACCGUGGUGGCCGUGGUGGCUGGCGUGGCACUGGGUCUGGGGGUUUCGGGAGCCGGCGGCGCUCAAGCUCUGGGCCCCGAGCGCCUGGCGGCGUUCGCCUUCCCCGGCGAGCUGCUGCUGCGCCUGCUGAAGAUGAUCAUCCUGCCUUUGGUGGUGUGCAGCCUGAUCGGCGGCGCCGCCAGCCUGGACUCGAGCGCGCUCGGCCGCCUGGGCGCCUGGGCGCUGCUCUUUUUCCUGGUCACCACGCUGCUGGCGUCCGCGCUCGGCGUGGGCUUGGCGCUGGCCCUGCGACCGGGCGCCGCCUUCGCCGCCAUCAACGUCUCGGUCGGGACCGAGGGAGCUGUAGAAGAGGCCCCCAGCAAGGAAGUCCUCGAUUCGUUCCUGGAUCUCGUGAGAAAUAUCUUCCCCUCCAACCUGGUGUCUGCAGCCUUCCGCUCAUACAGUACCUCCUAUGACACACGAAGCAUCAAUGGGACCAAGGUGAAGGUGCCCAUUGGUACCGAGGUGGAGAGUAUGAACAUCCUGGGCCUGGUGGUCUUUGCCAUUGUCUUUGGUGUGGCCCUGCGGAAGCUGGGACCCGAGGGGGAGCUCCUCAUCCGCUUCUUCAACUCCUUUAAUGACGCCACCAUGGUGCUGGUCUCCUGGAUCAUGUGGUAUGCCCCUGUGGGCAUCUUGUUCCUGGUGGCUGGCAAGAUCGUGGAGAUGGAGGACGUGGGGAUGCUGUUCGCCAGUCUCGGCAAAUACAUCCUGUGCUGUCUGCUGGGCCACGCCAUCCACGGGCUCCUGGUGCUGCCCCUCAUCUACUUCUUCUUCACCCGCCAAAACCCCUACCGCUUCCUGUGGGGCAUCGUGACGGCGCUGGCCACUGCCUUUGGGACCUCUUCUAGCUCCGCCACUCUGCCGCUGAUGAUGAAGUGCGUGGAGGAGAGGAACGGCGUCGCCAAGCACAUCAGUCGCUUCAUCCUCCCCAUCGGUGCCACGGUCAACAUGGAUGGUGCGGCGCUCUUCCAGUGUGUGGCCGCGGUGUUCAUUGCACAGCUGAACCAGCGAUCCCUGGACUUUGUGAAGAUCAUCACCAUCCUAGUCACCGCCACGGCGUCCAGCGUGGGUGCUGCGGGCAUUCCUGCCGGGGGUGUCCUCACUCUGGCCAUCAUCCUAGAGGCGGUCAACCUGCCCGUCCAGGACAUCUCCUUGAUCCUGGCUGUGGACUGGCUAGUAGACCGGUCCUGUACCGUCCUCAACGUGGAAGGCGAUGCCUUUGGGGCGGGACUCCUCCAAAAUUACGUGGAUCGCUCGGAGUUACGGAGGUCGGUGCCAGAGUUGAUCCAAGUGAAGAGCGAGAUGCCCCUGUCUCCGCUGCCCGCCUCCACCGAGGAGGGGGACCCUCUCCUCAAACACCGUUUGGGACCUGCUGGGGAUGCGGACCCCUGUGAGAAGGAAUCAGUUAUGUAAGCCCCAUAGGGGCGUUCCCUGCCCUGAUGGGCGCCGCUCUGGACAUUGGGAUUAUGAACUAGGGCUUUGGAGGCUCUGUCUGCACGUUCGGGGAUCCGGGGGCCCCAGGCGCUCGCCCCGCCCCCUGAUCCAGCAUCAGAUCUGGGAGGCCUCAGUGCCGGCGUAUAUGUGUAUGUGUGUGUAUUUCUUCCCCAAACUUCCCCAGUCCUCGAUUCAUGUUCCCACCCAUGGCUGGGAAACAAGAUGGAGAAAUAGUCUAAAUGUCUUCUUCUGGGCUCCCCAUCUCCAGGCACCGGUUGUCACGUGGACUUCUGCCCUCUUGGAGAGGAUGAAUGUUCAGUGGGUUGCUGGCUAUUUUGGUAGCUCUGUGUGUGUGUGUGUGUGUGUGUGUGUGUGUGUGUGUGUGUGUGUUUUGUGACUCUGCGGUACAUCCCACCCUGUCCCCAGGCCCUCUGUUCCCUCCACAGUAACAGAAACACUCCAUGGGACCCCGCCGGGGAGGGGAGACCAAGGACAAUGACUGCUGUCACUCCAAAGGGCCUUUUUGAGCAAUAAAGUUGUCAAGCAUUUCUCAUCAGAUGUUUGUUAUCAAGUCAACAUAUGUGCAUUUACCAACAGCUCAGGAGUUCCACUUAAACCAAAGAGAAAAAAACUGUCCCCUCAAAGUCCAGGACACAAAUGUCUUCAGCCACUCUCC